UUUUUUUUAAUUAUAAUUAAGUAGACCUUUAGGUCUAAAAAUAAAAGUUUCGAUGCAUCGUUGACUUCGAUCGCGACAAAGAACGUUGUAUCGAAAUAUUAUGGCCGACGACACAUGUCGUUCCAUUUACGUAAGUUGCGUAGAAAGAACGAUCACGAUCUAAAGAAUUCCAAGCAUUGAGAAACGUAGACUCUCACUCUUCACCGAAACUUGAUUUUAGAACCUAACGCGCGAGACGCAAGGUCUGCGUGACCCAUUUUUUGCGCAUGUUACCGUACGAGCAUCGUUUUCGGAUAAUGGUCCACUUAUACGCUUGAACUCUUGCGUGCAAUUUCUUCGAGAAUUCACGCAAGAGUUAUACGCUCGUUUCUGCAUGUUUUUAAUAAAAUUACUUUGUAACUUUCUCACUACUGUACUCCUUAUCGUUUAUAUCCAACGAGAGUCAAACGAUCAAGAAAUUGUGAAAACAUAAAGGUCUUGUAUAGUUACAAAAUCAAGGAAAGAUAACUUGUCCUGUGUAACAAGUGUUCGCAACUUAAUAAUAAAACGUUUAUAGCUAGAGAAUUUUUCGUUUAUAACGAUAAAAUGAAAUGUUUUAUAAAGUGAUAGGCAAAUAAUUGCUCAUUAAUUAGAUAGUCAACCGUAGUGGUGUUAUUUUUAAAUAUUCGACGAUAUAUCGAUACUGACGUUCGUUGGAGUACCGAUAUAUCGAUCUUAAAAUCACUGUGCACUAAACGUUCAAGAUGGUGGCAGAGAAUUUGAGGUCCAAUAGGCGCGGUUCUUUUUAUCCAUUGUUUGGAAGAAUCAAAAGGUAUCAGAGCGUUUAGUGAACGAUAAUAAACACCUGCCAAAAGAUCUGAUCACGUUUCGCAAUUAUUGAUGCUUCGAAAACCUGUUCCAUAUUGGUUUAUACGUCAGCUGACACAUGUUUAUGUACGAGUCGAAUACACGCAUGUAACGCACAUGAAAUUUCUCCUGGAUAAACCGUCGAACUGAAGGAAUUGGCCCGUUGAGAAAUCUGGUUCGAGGACAAAAUGACAGCGGCUAUUAUGGAAAAGUUAAAGGACAAGGGGUGGUACAUAACAGAUCAUGGUUAUAAUACUGCAAGCGACUAUGGAAAUGUUACGGAUGUCCACAAAAUUAUAAAGCGAUUGCUGGAUCUUGAUUUAAGAGAAACCGGUAAUGGUCAAGGAGACGUCACUCUGGGUAACAUUGUAUUGCAAGUACAAAAAGUACGUAAUGUCUCUGCUGCUAAGAGCAACGAGGAAUCCAGAGCAGCUCCACGUCUGUUGAAAUUAUCUUUAACGGAUGGUAAAAAUAACUACCAAGCUGUAGAAGUUGAACACAUCUCGUCAUUGAGUUUAAACACUCCCCCUGGUACAAAAAUAUUAAUUGGUUCGGGAAACUUACCGAUAUCCCAUGGGAUUAUUUUACUAAGACCGUCGCAUAUAGCACAAAUACUUGGGGGAAAAGUAACAAAUCUUGUGGAAAAAUGGGAAUUAAACAAAAAAUUGGCAUUACAUACGAGAGUGCGAUCUGCCGAAGAAGGUGGACCUCCACCAUGGAUACCGUUUGGCAAAAAAAUUAUAAAAGUUACUGAACAUGACAACAAUUUUAAAGCAUUGGCGGAAAAAGAGAAAUCUACCAAAGAGAAUACGGAAUUCGAAACUCAACGGAAAGACGCGAUAGCAGAAGCUGCUAAGCAAGGUAGCAAAAAGAUUUUUGGUGGGGGAAAUAAACAGCUUUUAGAUCACAGUGUACAAAAAAUAGUAGAUCGAGGCUUUUCUAUAGAACAGGCAGAAUAUGCGUUGAAAGUUAAUCGAAAUAUUGUUGAUAAAGCCUUGAAAAGUUUGAUGAAAACAGAUACCAAAAACAAUACAUUCAAAGAAACACGGAAACCCCGAACUAAACGAUUCGAUAAGAAAGCCGAAGAAAGUAAACCAAGUAGCGGGAAUAUAUCUCUUUUUGAUUUUCUAGAGGAUAAAUUGCCUUUACAAUCCGAGACUACCGAAACUAGAAAUCCAUCCCAGAAUAGUUAUACACUGAGUACAGAAUCUAAUUAUGAUAGGGUUGAAUCUAAAAGUAACGAAGCACAAAGUGGAAAAAGUGGAAGAGCUCAAAAAGGGGGGCGCGGAUAUCAAGUUCCUCCCAGACAUUCGGAAGAAAAUAGGAACAAUAAAAAAUCAAACUUUAAUAGCCUUGUCACCCCCCAAUAUUCAGAGUAUAACGGGGGAAGCAAUUCUCAACAAAACAAACCGCCGCGAUUCCAACGAAAUCAAGAUACUCAUAGUUAUGGUCUGCAAGAUACAGGAACCAAAAUGUACCAAAAAUCUAACUUGAACGAUUCCCGAAAUUCCGGUUUACAAACACGUACCGAUGGAACACACAUUACCGAUACGGCUAACUAUUAUAAAGCUUCGCAGGAUCAGCAAGGAAAGAGUUUUGGUAGCAGCAGGAAUUAUAAUCAUCACGAAACUGAUGCCAGGAAUAGGCAAAGUUACGAUGUUUCUUACGGUAGGCAUAAUCGAGCGCAAGAAGAUGGAACGCAUAGAGCUUAUCCUGUAACCACAAAUGAUAAAAAUGACAAAAACCAACCGAAUAGAUACCAACCAAAUGAUAGUUCUGGCGGUAAAGGGACUAUUGGGCCCAACAGCCAAAGAGGCCAAAAUCAUUUUAGUAACAAUCAAAACGCGAAUGUACCUAUCGGCGGCACUUGGGUUUGGCGCGUGGGUGAUAAAUGUUUAGCUAAAUAUUGGGAAGAUAAUAUGUAUUACAAUGCCAAAGUAACCGGGGUAUCGGAUAGAACGUGUGUUGUUCAGUUCAAAGGAUUCGAAAAUUAUGAAGAAGUACUCCAAAUGGACUGCUUACCUAUAACAGAAGAUCAUCAAGUUCAAGAUUAUGUCAUGGAUCAGAAACAAUCAGAUCAACGGUUCGAUAACAGACAACUUCGUUAUGAUCAAACACAGAAUCAUAUAGCUGCGGGCAUGGAAUUUCGAAGAAGCGGAAGUGGAAUCGUUCCUACAAAUAAGGCUGGUUACAAUAAGAAGCGCAGUCAGCAAAGAAGCGCCCAGCCUAUUUAUCAGCCUCCCGCGCAACGAUGUCAGAGCUCUACGCCUAUGAAUACUCAAAAUAAUUCCUUACUUUAAUGUAUCGUCAGUCUCUUAUUUUAGUAAAAAUACUGGACUUCGCUGAAUUAUUGAUUGUAGUUGUGUUAUUUUGGAAGACUGACCUCAGGAAAAAAAAAAAUGUUCUACAUGCUCUCUGCGUACGAUGGUUUAGAUAUCAGAUGGAUUAAAACGCAAUAUAAAUGAGUCCUGUGCCACAAAAUAAUUUAUAUUCGUAAACGAAACUUGUAAUAAGUGUACAAUUGUAGUACGAAUUAUUUCCUUAAGCAGUGAAAGUGAAACUAACAAUUAAAGACAUUAAUGUAAGGUGUCUAUUAUGUUCUCUAAUCAUUAAAUAUUUAUACUGUAGACCAGUCGCGUACUAAUGUCUGAUAAUUGUGCAGCAUUUUGAUAUUUCGUCCACUUCCGCUAACACUUAAUCUAAACGCAUAAUGUAAAUUGUGCUGUAUAUUAUUUGUAACUAAUUUGUAAUUAUAGUUAUUUAGAACGAAUUACAACUGUGAAAAUCGAUAGCACAUUUAAA